AUGCGUCGACGUUCUCUUUAUUACUUUACAAAUAUCGUCGUACCUUGUUUUCUUAUCAGUUGUAUGACAAUACUUGGAUUUUUAUUAUCACCGGAUAGUGGUGAAAAAUUAACCUUGCGUGAGUUAGAAUUUGAUGAUAAAAGAAUUGUUCUUAUACAUUUUAAAUCUUCAGAGAUAACAACUCUUCUAAGUGUUGUUAUGUUCAGUUUACUUCUAUCGGAUAUUCUGCCACCAAGUUCAACUGCUAUACCGAUUAUUACUGUUUAUUUCAUGUGUGUUAUGAUCUUGUCAGCAGUAUCAGUUGUUGCAUCAGUAUUAAUAUUAUCACUUCAUAAUCGAAACUCUAGUAAUUAUACAAUGCCAUCAUGGAUUCCUUCUGAACCAUUAUUGAACAAUUCACUCGAGUUGUUAUCAACCAAUGAUAUAAAUAUCGACAAGAAACCUUUAGAAUUCGCUGUACCUCCAGCAACGGAAAUUCAUGGUUCUCGUUAUCAGCAAAAUGCAUCUAAUGAAUUGUAUACAUGUGAUACAGAAAUGAAUCGUUCUGAGUUACGUUUUAUUAUUUCUCAACUUGCUAUCCUUGUUAAUUAUUCUCAACAAAAAGAGAAAGAUGAUAAUGAAUCUCAAGAUUGGCAAUUUGUGGCAAUGGUCAUGGAUCGUCUUUGUUUAGUAGUUUUUGCUAUAAUCAUGCUUCUUUUUACUGCACUUACUUUUCUUAAGGUUUAA